UUUGGGGAGGGAUUGGGAGAGAGACACCCAUGAUGUCAUUCUGAAAAGUUUUCUCUCUCUCUCUCUCUCUCUCUCUCUCUCUCUCUCUCUCUAGGCAGAGGCGGUGAUUUUACCCUCCUUCCACAUCUAUUUUUUUCCCCCCUGAAGUUUUUUGAGCCUCUUGGAGAGUCGUGAUCGGAAUAGCCUAGGAUUACUCUUUCCUUUCCAGGAUCUAGCCACUACACACACACACACACACACACACACACACACACACACACACAGAGAGAGUGAGAAGCGGACCGCAGUGAGACCAUCGAGGCGUCAAAAAUGAAUCGGAGUUUUAAUAAUAAGGCGCAGAGUUUGCGUCACUCGGACCUGGACGCGGUGGAAGUCAAAAGCAAAUAUGGUGCAGAGUUUCGCAGGUUUUCAGUGAACCGAGCGAAGCCUGGCAAAUUCGAGGAGUUCUUUAAGCUGAUCAUGAACCUCCACCGCAUCGCCAACAUGGAGGUGAUGAUCGGCUACGCUGACGUUCAUGGAGACCUGCUGCCCAUCAACAACGAUGACAACUUCUGCAAGGCCGUGUCCACAGCGCACCCCCUGCUCCGGAUCUUUAUCCAAAGACAAGAGGAAAUUGACUACAGCACCUUCGGCACCAACACACUAACCCGAAAGAAGAAGGCUGGGGUCGCCCUGCGCAACGACCUGAACAGGAAGCGGCCGCACAUCCGCAUCGGCCUUCCUCAGGAUUUCCGUCCUGUGUCGUCUAUCAUCGACGUGGACAUCGUGCCCGAGUCGCACCGGCGUGUGAGGCUGUACCGUUACGGCUCGCACAAACCGCUCGGGUUCUACAUCCGAGACGGCACCAGCGUACGCGUCACAGCACACGGUCUCGAGAAGGUGCCAGGUAUCUUCAUCUCGCGCCUGGUCCCUGGAGGCCUGGCUGAAGGAACUGGUCUGCUCGCCGUCAACGAUGAGGUUCUUGAGGUCAACGGAAUUGAGGUGACGGGCAAGACUCUAGACCAGGUCACCGACAUGAUGAUCGCCAACAGCCACAACUUGAUCGUUACGGUGAAGCCGGCUAAUCAGCGUAACAAUGUUGUGCGUGCCAGCCGCGUGUCAGGAAGUUCGGGUCAGUCUUCGGAUAGCAGCAGCAGCUCGGGCAUCACCAGCAUGCAGUCUCUGCCAUCUUCCAUGCCUGCCGUGAGCUCCAGCUACGGCCACGAUGACCUGGACAGCGAUGAGGAGUUGGACAUUGUCAUUGAGAACAGCAUCGGUCGCCAGACUCGCCAAUCGAACGCCUCUCUGGCAUCGCUCACAUCUCGAUCCACUCAGCUGACCUCUGCCUCGCCUCCCAAACCCCAAAGCAGACCGCUCUCCGUCGUGUCCACGGCAUCCUUCCACUCUAACGCCAGCCUCAACGGAACAGGCCAUAACAGCCUGAGCUACAGGCUUCACAGAGACCUGAACCUCCAUCACACGCCCUACAACGGCGCCAGGGAAAGCAACGGCAGCCUCCACAAAAUCCUCAGCAGCCUGAGGACAGACCCUCGGCACAGCCUGGCACUGCCCAGUGGCGGAGUAGAGGAGGACGGCAUGGUUAUCACUCUAUAACACACACACGCUUGGACAGAGGUGCAUCGUUAUAUCGCCCUCUUAACGCAAUCCCACCCAGAGACUUUACAGACUGGGGCAACAGACUUGACAGCCUGGGACUUCACUGCUUUCUUAAAGCCUUUUGUAAAAUGUAAUUUAACAUCUUGAAUUUUUACUUGUUCUUAAAUGACGUGUCUUAUCUUGUCUGUCGGGGGAUGCAUAGGGAAUAGUGUGGUACAUGUCUCUUUUUUCUCUUUUGUUUUCUCUUUUUUCCUUUUAUUAGUUUUCCAGAGCCACUGAUUACAUACUAAUUUAACAUGAAUGUCAUUUAUAUCAAGAUUUGCAUAUAGAAAUCACUUUUUUUUUUCUAAAUGUCUCAUCGGAACAUCUGUAAGGUUUAGGCCUCUCUAUGACUUCUUACAUACAAUACAGUAUAUCAAAGGUUUUCCACUACCACAAGCAGUCCACUGGAAUACUGGGAGAAAUAAACAUCACUAACGUAUUAACACAAGCUUUUCGUGACUUUACCAAAGUGUUAAAUGUCUCUGUUCUGUGGCUUUAUAUCUCAUUCCAGCAGCCUGAGUAUUAUAGGUUACGUAGGCGAAUACACUGUAAUUUCAUGAAUCACUGUGAUUUCAUGGAUCAAGACUUUGUUUCUUUCUUUUUAAACAUUCUUGAUAAUGCAUCUUAGGAAUAUUGUGAUGUUUUACUCUUUUGUUUGGACACGUGUACUCACAGUUGGGAUUUUUUUUCCUCUAUCUGUACUAUGAAUUAGCACGUGUAAUGCAGUGACCAAAAAAGUGUUAAACAAAUCCUCUGUUUUAACCUCUUUUUUUCUAUGUUCUGGGAAUCAGACGUGUCCAAAUCCUCUAUACAGCAAUGCAGCACAGAGUUAUGUCUUUCAUGAUGUUUUCUGACAAACAAGCACACAUUUUUGUCAGGUACCUCCUAAUUAAUUCUCAACUUGGGCUCAUGACCUGAGCACACACAGCUGUGUACAGUCUCUGUUCUUCAGAGACGCCUCAGUUCUCAGCUUGUUUAGCUUCCACAUGCAGGUGCUAACUGUCCUUAAAGGAAAAAUCUGCCCUGAACGACUUGCGUAUUAAUCUUUAUAAUUAGUAUGUUAUGUUAAGUGAUGUCCAAGAUGAAAUGAGAUUAGUUUGAACUUCUUUGAUUGACAUGUUGCUCUGUUUUCACUUACUACAUACUACAUUACCCACAGUGCCAAUGGGAUUUAGUCCUCUCUUCAUCUCUACCUAAGACAGUGAUGCAGCGGCGCUUUAGUCCUUUAGUCUGUCCAGCUCUCUCACCUCCUCAUUUGUACACUCUGCUUAAACACAUCAGCUUAAACUUUCAUGCUAAUACCCACUGUCAACGCCGUCGCGCUAGUCAUCUCAUAGAUCGCUGACGAGCUGAGCCAUAGCUCAGCACAGCUGCGUCAUAUAGCUGCAUUGCAUUCUGGGAGUCCAAGGUUUGCACCAACUUCUCCACUACUUCUAGGUUGUUUCUCAUUAAUGUGACAUCAUUAAUGUGACAUCAUCGUGAUACACAAAUGCUAAAUUCUCACAGGACUAAUAAAAAUACAGAACCAACCAACAAAUUAAGAUCAGAAUUGCUAAACAUUUGUAUUUGUUUUUCAUGGUGGAAUCUUUUGUGCACUUUUAUCACCACUGGAUCUGGGAACAAUCAUUAUAUAAAGCAUGAAUCCUGUCAGUGUUUGUUAAUUUUUCAGCCCUUUAGUUAAAGAAUGGUGUGUUUGGGUGUCUGUCUGUCACUCGCUUUUGAAUCUUUUUGACGGUGUGUGCACUCCGGUUACCUGAUAGUUUUUUAGAUGAGUCCAUUAAUGUUAGCGUGGGCAACUUGUAUCCACGUACUCUUCAUGAUCCUGUGUGCCUUAGACCCAAACAUGGGACUCUGGAUAACUCAUAACUCCUGCAUCCACUAUAAUCUGGCCACUGAGUGUUCCGUAGUUUCAUUCACAUGCGUAUCUGUGUCACCCUCUGCUGGUUGCUACUGGAGGUCAUCGACAUACCAGGAACCACCUCAAAUCAGAGUAAAUGUAUAUUUAUUCUGCAGAAUUUCUGAAAUUUAAACAUUGUCUUUGUGUUUUCCUUUCUUCGUUUGUUUUUUCCCUCUGUACAACAAUUUUAAGUUUGAAUAAAAAUCUUGAUUUUAUGAUGA